CGACCAACCAACCAACCACCUUGCUAAUUGACCGAUUGCGCGCGAGGAAAUCUGAUACUCCGUUGGUUAUUCACAUUCAUUUGCUCGAUGAUCUGGCUUGAGGGUGAUUCUAGAGUGUCUGGUGGGGAUGUGGAUGUGAUGGGGAUGGAUGGAUGUAUGUAUGUAUGCUUGGGGAGUUGUGUGAGGUGUUGAUUGAGUGAGUGGCUGGGUUAAUUAUGGGCGUGUGUGGUGUGGUUUGUGGUAAUGGAAUAGUAUAGAUGACGUCCCUUCUUCGGGGGAAACGGGAUUAUAUGUAACAUGACGUGUUUGUAUUAUUCUUUAUUCGCCUGAUGAUAUGGUGUUGCGGCGUUGUCUAUAUCCCGGUGUUGUUAUGUUGUUGUGUUUAUAUCGUCCUGCUUUCAUCCUACACCCGCCCUCUAUUCUCCUCUAUUGCCAUCAUGUCUCCCUCCAUGCCCGUCGUUCGUCUCGGAGAUAUAUCCCGGAGACAGAGGGGGCUGGAGUACAUGGCUCCAUGCAUGACGCAUGAGAAGAGGCGGGUUCGGGUGUUUUGCAGAGAGAGAGAGGGAGAGAGACGCCGUGUGGGCUCGUAUAUAGCCUUCCUGGAUCCUGCUCCCCCUGCGCCCCCGACUUCUCCCAAACCAACAUCCGCGCCCUCUGCGCCGACCCCCCCGCCCUCUCCUCCGUCUCCGCCUGCAUCGCCAGCGCCCCCGCAUGCGCCAGUCCCACCGACGCGCGCGACAAGGUCCGUCAGAGCGUCGCGUCGCUUUGUGGUGAUGUUACGGCUACGUCUGUCUCUACUGCCAAGCCGUCUAGUACUCAACCUGGCGAAGAUGGUGAUGAUGGUGAUGGUGAUGGUGAUAAUGGUGAUGAUGGUGAAAGCUGGGGCAACAACGGGCCCUGGACAGGCAAAGACGGGCCGCACAUGACGGCGGGUGGAGGAGGGCCGUUUGGCGGUGGGUGGGGGCCGUGGGCGCAUUCGGGGGCGGGGUGGAUGAGUGAUGGGGCAGCUCAGGGAGCGUGGACGCGGUGGUGGGAGAAUGGGGAUUGUC